CGAAAUUCGGUGGCUAUGGGUUAGACUGUCUUCCGUUAGCAUCACGGAGUUGUUGAACUCUUACAAAUUAAAGAGAAUUAAUCUCGUUUUAUCCGUAUUUCUGUUCUUCUUGUUCAUCUCUCUUCACCUUCGUUUCUAUAAUUCCUUUCCACUAUGUCUGUCAUUGGAGAGGCUGCUCUUUCUGCGUUUUUGCAGCUGUUGUUUGACAAGUUGGGCAAUUUUGCACUCAACUUUGUUACUGAUCACAAGCAAGUUUGCGAGCAGCUCAAGGAGUGGGAAUCAAAGUUGCCAGAUAUCCUAGCAGUGCUGAAUGAUGCAGAGCAGAAGCAGAUCAAGGAUGAGCUCGUGAAGAAGUGGUUGGCGGAUCUCCAAGAUUUGGCUUACGAUGCAGAUGACAUCUUGGACGAGUUUGCUCAUGAAGCUUUACGUCUCAAGCUCCAACAAAAAACUCAAGCUCAAGCCAGCACGAGUAAGAAACGGAAAUUCAGUCCUACCUUCGUUAUUAGUUAUUUCUCUGCAACUUCUUUUACAUUUUGUGAUGCGAUUAUUCCCAAGAUAAAAGAGAUUAACUCUAGACUGGAUGUUUUGGAAAAACGAAGAAGUAUAUUGGGCUUGACAAAGACUUCUGAAGGUGCAAGCUCCACGAGGAUGAAAACAAGGCUGCAACCCACUUCUGUGAUGGAUGAAACUGUUGCUUAUGUUGGUAGAGACGAUGAGAAGCGAGAAAUACUCGAAUUGCUCAAAAGUAAUAAUGGCCAUGAAGAUAGAGUUUCUGUCAUUUCCAUCGUUGGCAUUGGAGGGAUGGGUAAGACAACUCUUGCUCAGCUUGUUUACAAUGACGCCAGCAUACAACAUUCGUUUGAUCACAAGGCCUGGGUAUGUGUCUCUGAUGACUUUGAUGCCAUUAAGAUAACAAAGUCAAUUUUAAAAUUCAUCACUCCUUCCGAGGCAUGUGAUGACAAUGACUUUAGUUUGCUUCAAGUCAAGAUAAAGGAGAAGUUAUCUGGAAAAAAAUUCUUGCUCGUUUUAGAUGACAUUUGGGAUAUGAGUUACAAUGAGUGGACCAUCUUACGGUCUCCAUUUGGAGUAGGAACAAAAAUUAUUGUGACAACUCGCUUUCAAAGUGUUUCAUCUAAUAUGGUUACUAUGAAACCUUUCCCCUUGGAUAAAUUAUCAGAUGAUGAUUGUUUAUCUAUAUUUACUCAACAUGCAUUAGGAGCAAGGGACUUCAAUAGACAUCUCGAAUUUAAAGAUGUUGGGCAGAACAUAGUGAGAAGGUGCAGCGGCUUACCUUUGGCAGCAAAAGUCAUCGGAGGCCUAUUACGCACAACAAGAGAUCGUGGUGCAUGGGAAAAAAUAUAUGAGAGCGAGAUAUGGGAUUUACCGGAAGAUCCAUGUGGAAUAGUUCCAGCUCUGCGAUUGAGCUAUCAUCAUCUUCCUCCGCAUUUGAAACAAUGCUUUGCAUACUGCUCUAUAAUUCCUAAAGAUUAUGAAUUUGAAGAAGAAGAAAUAAUCUUGUUAUGGAGAGCAGAAGGCUUACUACAACAGAAAGCUGGAAGUCAAUGUAGAGAUUUCGGUAACCAAUGCUUUCGAGAUUUAGUGUCAAGGUCAUUUUUUCAAAUGUCUAAUAAAGGCAAAUCUUUGUUUGUAAUGCAUGACCUUAUCAACGAUUUAGCUCAAUUUGUUGCUGGAAAGAUAUGCUCCAAAUUUGAAGGUAGUAAACAACAGGAAAUUUCACGUCGCACUCGACAUUUAUCUUAUGUUCAAAGUCGGUAUGAUGGAGUGAAGAAGUUUGAAGCAUUUGAUCAAGUGGAGCAUUUGCGAACCUUUCUACCAUUAAGGUUGCAACGGAAACGUGUUUCCUUUUUUACCGAAGUUGUCCUUUUUGAUUUGUUGCCUAGACUUAGGUGCUUAAGGGUGCUUUCUUUUAAGGGGUAUCGGAUGAGUGAGUUGCCUGAUAUUUUUGAAAAUUUAAAACAUCUACGCUACUUGGAUUUUUCUUACACUCAAAUAAAAUGUUUACCUGAUUCUCUAUUUACCCUUUAUCAUUUGGAAACUUUGAAAUUGAAAAGGUGCAAGGAACUUGAAAAAUUGCCUCUGGAGAUAGAAAAUUUGGUCAACUUGCAUUAUCUUAGCAUCAGGGGUGCACGUUUAAUAAAAAGGAUGCCUUCAGGAAUUGGUAAACUAACCAAUCUUCAAAGGCUAUCUGAUUUUGUUUUAGGCGGAGGCGAUGGUCAUCUUAUAAAAGAGGUGAAAAUUUUGUCAAAUCUCAAGGGUGAAUUUUGUCUUUCAGGAUUGGAGAACGUUGUUAAAGAUCAAGAUGCUUGGGAAGCAAAGUUAAGUGAAAAGGCAGAGGUUGAUAAGUUGGAAUUAAAGUGGAGUGGUCACUUUGGUAAUAACGCAAGGAAUAAAGAAGUGGAAGAAAAGGUGUUGAACUUUCUUUGUCCUCAUAAACAGAAGCUUGAGGAGCUCAGCAUUGUGAAUUAUGGAGGUGCAAAAUUCUCAUUUUGGAUAGCAGAUUCUUCCUUUGAAAAUAUGUUGUCUUUGAAGCUCAUCAAUUGUAAAAAUUGCAAAUCACUACCAUCAAUUGGAAAGUUGCCAAGGUUGAAAAAUGUUUACGUUAGGGGAAUGGAUGAGGUAAAAGAAAUUGGUGUUGAGUUCUUUGGAGGAAAUCAACCGAAUGCAUUUGCUUCAUUAGAGGAUCUGUGUUUUGAGGAUAUGCCAAACUGGAAAGAUUGGGACUGUUGUGAAUGUGAUGAUCAAGUUUCGAAAUUCCCCAGGCUUCGUCAGCUUUCAAUCCUAGAGUGUCCUCAAUUGUUGGGAAGGCUGCCUAACUGUCUUCAUUCCUUACAGGAACUUGUAAUUCGUGGGUGUCAGCAGUUGGUAGUUUCAAUUUCAAGACUUCCAUUGCUAUGUGAAUUAGAAAUACAUGGGUGUAAAGAAUUGAUGUAUAGCAAUUGUGUGGACGUUACCUCAUUGAAAAGAGUCUCUCUUUCAGGCAUUUCAAAGUUUGGUAUUCCACCAGAGAGGAUAGUGUCCACAUUGCCUAAAUUGGAACGUUUUCGCCUUGGUGGUUGUAAGGAGUUGGCAUCUUUAUCGCAAAACGGGCUAGGAUUCCUUGGGCAUCUAAGCUCCCUUCGCGAGAUUGAAAUAUCUGACUGCCCCCAACUGGUGUCCUUAGAGACAGAGGAGGUGAACGAAGAGAAAUUGCAACUUGGGAAGAUUUGCAGUAUUGAAUCUCUGACAAUAAUAUAUUGUGAAAGGCUCAAUAGACUGCCAAAAGCCUUGCAUAGUCUCACAUUCCUUGCAGAGAUUCAAAUUGGAAAGUGCCCAAGCUUGGUUUCUUUUGCCAAGAAUAACUUGCCCCCUGCUUUAAAAAGGCUGAUGAUUUGGGAGUGCGAUAAUUUGCAAUAUUUGGUGGAUGAAAGAGAAAAUAAGAGUACGAGUAACGAAUGUCUUCUUGAGCGGUUGGAGAUUUUUGACUGUAAGUCUCUAAUAUGUUUAUCAUCAAGGAGUGAUUUUCUCAUUCGGCUUCGAUAUCUCAUGAUUCAGAAUUGCCAAAAGCUGACUUCCUUAUUUUUAGACGCCGAGUUACCUGUAACGCUUAAACGGCUACAAAUUGAUUCUUGUCAAAAUUUGGAAUGCAUAGCCCAAGAAUUUCACCAAACCACUUGUCUUGAAUCUAUUCGGAUCUACAGCUGUAUGAAUGUUAAAUCUUUACCGCGAAGAUUAGACAAGCUCAGCCAUCUUCAGGAGAUUAAAAUUAGCUUGUGUCCAAAUCUGGUUUCUUUGGAAGAAAGUGGGUCGCCCGCCGCCAACCUCAGAAUUUUCUCAAUCGAGGGUUGUGAAAAUUUUGGAGCCCUUCCCAAGUGCAUGAAAAACUUCACCUCCCUUCAGGAAUUGAAAGUGUGGGAGUGUUCGGCUGACAUAUUCUUCCCAGAAGAGGGUUUCCCUUCCAACCUCAGAUCUCUAGAAAUCUCCAAAGCACCCAAAAUUUAUUGUUCACUUGUUGAAUGGGGAUUGCAUAGACUCACCUCUCUCCGAAAACUCCUCAUUAGCGGUGAAGGAUGCUCAGAUGUAGUGUCGUUUCCGGAAGAGAAGACAGGAAUGAUGCUGCCUCCUUCUCUAACCUCUAUCUCCAUAGGAUAUUUCGAAAAUCUGCAAUACAUGUUCUCCAAUGGUUUUCAAAACCUCACCUUUCUUCGAUCUUUGUACAUCUAUCAUUGUUCUAAGCUCACAGCUCUUCCAGAUAAAGACAUGCUUCUCUCGCUUGGUGGACUACGGAUUGUGGGUUGUCCAUUGCUAAAAGAAGAGUGCAAAAGGGGUAAAGGACGAGAGUGGUCCAAGAUUGCCCACAUACCUUCUGUUGAAAUUGAUUGGGUUUUGAAAGCAAAAUUGGUGACAAAAUGGGAUUUUAAAAGAUCCUUUCAAGGAAAAUGGUGGAGCCAUCGAACUCUGCUUUAGCUUAUUUGACUGAUAGAGUGGGAUUUGCCUAAUAUAAAAAACCAAUGUUCAAGAGCUUGGAGAACUUCACUGAAUGUUUCAGCAUCCUUUCUGAAAAGAAGUUGCUUUCUCUCUUCUCCAACUAUGUAUUUAUAAUGGCUUUUCUCGGUAAAAGUUAACAGCGUAGAAGGAUGAAGGAUGGAUUGGUUGAAGAUAGCCUUGUACUUUAUGCUUGUACUAGUAACAGCUUAUUUGUUAUCUGGGAGGAAAAAUGGACUCUGUUUGAUCUCAUGAGGACAAAACUGGGAGAAAACUAGUGAAUACACCCUUUUCAAUCAGAGUUUCAACCAUAGGAUGUUUGGAUAUGCAGUCAUCUCCGAAAUCUGUAAUAGAUAUUUCAGGGGAUUUCAAAAUCUCACCCCUCUUAGUUAUUUGUACAUUUUUGGGUACACAUCUCUUCUGAAAAAAGACAUGCUUCUCUCACUUGGGCAACUAUCUUUGCUAAAUAAAUAGCGAUAGAGGGAUAAAAUAUGAGAAUGGUGCAAUAUAGCCACAUACCUUGUGUUGUAAUUGUUGGUGGAUGCAUCAUCACAAUUCUCAGGGUAGCCCUGAUUUUCUCAUGGUCAUACCAAAGCCAAUUUGAAGGUUCAAAGCUAAAUCUUGACAGGGGGUGUUCUAUCACUGUAUUUGAAGUUUCAGUAGUACUUGAAAGGCUUCACCUUUCCUUUUUCCGCCACACUGAUGCUUACACUAGCCACAUCAUUGUCCAAAGUUUAACCACUCAAUGAGAAAUGCCUGUAUAACUACAGAUGUUGUGUUUACAGACAUUUAAACUCUGCAAUAGAGGUGAAGGAUGCUAAGAUGUGGUGUCAUUUCCAGAAGAAGAGAUAGGAAUGAUGCUGCCUCCUUCUCUAACCCAUUUCUGUAUAGAAAAUUUUGAAAAUCUGAAAUACAUAUUCUCCAAGGCUUUCAAAACCUCACCUCUCUUCAAUAUUUGUACAUCUCUUAUUGUUCUAAGCUCACAGCUCUUCCAGAUAAAGACAUGCUUCUCUAGCUUGAGGAACUACGGAUUCGGGAUUGUCCAUUGCUAAAAGAAGAGUGCAAAAGGGGUAAAGGAUGAGAGUGGUCCAAGAUUGCCCACAUUCCUUUUGUUAUAAUUGAUUGGGACAGGAUCAUCCCAAAGGAAUUAAAUGGAACUUCGGCCAUGAUUUACCCACUCUCAAACCACAGGCUUUGAAAGCAAAAUUGGUGACAAAAUGGGAUUUUAAAAGAUCCUUUCAAGGAAAAUGGUGGAGCCAUCGAACUCUGCUCUAGCUUAUUUGAUUGAUAGAGUGGGAUUUGCCUAAUAUCAAAUUCCAAUGUUCAAGAGCUUGGAGAACUUCACUGAACGUUUGAGCAUCCUUUCUGGAAAGGACUGCCUUUGUCUCUUCUCCAACUAUGUAUUUAUGAUGGCUUUUCUCCAUAAAGGGAUGAAGGAUGGAUUGGUUGAAGAUAGCCUUCUGCUUUAUUCUUAUGCUAGUAACAGUUUAUUUGUUAUCUGGGAGGAAAAAUGGAAUCUGUUUGAUCUCACUGGGACAAAACUGGCAGAAAACUAGUGAAUACAGACUAUUCAAUCAGAGUUUCAACCAUAGGAUGUUUGGAUAUGCGGUCAUCUCUGAAAUCUGUAUUAGAUAUCCUCCAAGGGUUUCAAAAUCCCACCCCUCUUAGUUAUUUGUACAUUUUUGGGCACACAUCUCUUCCGAAAAAAGACAUGCUUCUCUCACUUGGGCAACUAUCUUUGCUAAAUAAACAGCGAUAGAGGGAUAUAGUAUGAGAAUGGUCCAAUUUAGCCACAUACCUUGUGUUGUAAUUGUUGGUGGAUGCAUCAUCUCAAUUCUCGAGGCAGCCCUGAUUUUCUCAUGCUCAUACCAAAGCCAAUUUGAAGCUUCAAAGCUAAAUCUUGACAGAUGGUGUUCUAUCACUCUAUUUGAAGGUUCAGUAGUACUUGAAAGGCUUCACCUUUCCUUUUACCUCCACACUUACGUUUACACUAGCAACGUCAAGGUCCAAAGUCUAACCUUUCAAAGAAAGAUGCCUGUAUAACUACAGAUGUGGUGUUUACAGGCAUUUUAAACUCUAUAUUGGUGGUGAUGGAUGCUCAUAUGUGGUUUCGUUUCCAGAAGAAGAGAUAGGAAUGAUGCUGCCUCGUCUCACCUUUUUCUCCAUACAAAAUUUCGAAAAUCUGAAACACAUGUUCUCCAAGAGCUUUCAAAACCUCUCCUGUCUUCAAUAUUUAUUCAUCUUUGAUUGCUUUAUGCUCACAUCUCUUCCAGGAAAAAGACAUGCUUCUCUUGCUUGGGAAGCUAGAGAUUCACUGUUGCCCAUUGCUAAAAGAAGAGUGCAAAAGGGGUAAAGGACGAGAGUGGCUCAAGAUUGGCCACAUACCUUCUGUUGAAAUUGACUAUGAAAGCAUCAUCCUGAAAGGAUUGAAUUGAAGAUUACGUUGGAAAAGCCAAUCCUCAUUUCAUUGCUCAAAACAAAGGUGUGAAGCCAUUUUAAGGAUAGAGCGUUCCAGUGCUUUUCAUUUUGACUUAUUUUAUUUACCUUAGCAUCAAGACAAUAAUAGUGAUUACUAUGAUUUUUUACAGACAAUUUGGAAGCUAAAGUGGUGGGAAACGGGCUUGUUUAAAAAAAUAUUUUCAAGGAAAAUAUCGAAGCUAUCUAAGUCUGCUUUGACCUAUUUGAUUAAUGUAACGGUCAUUUAAUUAAUUCUCUGCAACUUUUAUCUACAAUGCAGAAUGUUUUUUUUCCAUCUCUAAUAUUGUUCAUAACAAUUAACAAUUAGUUCUAUAUAUUGAAAAAAUGUUCUCCAUUCUUAAUGUGAUGAAAAUUUUGUAUAGUUUUUAUAUAAUUUCAAACUAUGCCAACUAUGCUUCUUUUGCCAACCCUUUAACUUAUUUCUUACAUUUUCAUUGUUCACAUCUAGUCUCUUUGUGCUCAUUUAACAUUUUGAUCUUACUUUUGUAAAUUUUUUGGAGAGACAGAGGAAUGGGGAAUAAGAUUGCAUCUCUGUUAAUAUUACUUUUGUAAAUUUGUUUGGGUAGGUCUUCACAAACUAACCUUUAUUAGACAUUUUUUUGGCCAAUCAUUUGAAGUUCUUUGAUGAUGAUAGAUGUUAGAAGGCUAUAGCUUUGCCACAUAUGAGAUAGGAAUAAUGUUGCUUAAGUCUUAUAUCUCCUUUUCCUAAGGGAUUCACUGAUUAUGAAUACCUUCAAGAGCUUUCAGAACUUCGCUCCAAGUUUGUGCAUCCCUUCCGGAAAGGAAUUGCUUUCUCUCUUCUCAAACUAUGUAUUGAUGGCCUUUCCCUGCUAAAUUAACAGCAUGGAAGGGAUAAAGGAAGGGCUGCUUAAAGAUUUCAUAUCUGCUUUAUGCUUGUAUUAGUAACAGAUGAUUACUUGUUAUCUGGGAGAUAAAGUGGAAUCUUUUUGACCUCACGAGAAGGAAACUGUGAGAAAACCAAUGAAUAUACCCUAUUCAAUCAUAGGUAUGUCUAUCCUAAUUUUCUUUUUAUUUUAAUGAGGGCAAAGUGUUGUUCAUUACUUCAUUUAUUAAUCAAAAUGAAGACUGCACUAGUUUUUUAUUAACUUCUAAUAAAGAAGAUUGCAUAUGGGAUUUUAGUUAAAGAUAUUUGACAUUUCAUUAUACUAUUGAAGGGUGUUUGGAGAUGCCAUCAUCUCCAAAAUAUGAAAUACGUAUCCUCCAAGAGCUUUCAAAGCCUCACCUCUCUUCAGUAUUCGUGCAUUUAUGGCCACACGUCUAUUCUGGAAAAAGACAUGCUUCUCUCAUUUGAGCAACUAUCUUUGCUAAAAAUGUGGUUAAAAGGGGAUAAAGUUUGAGAAUGGUCCAAGAUAGCCACACACCAUCUGUUGUGUUAUUGAUGGAUGCAUCAUCACAAUUCUAAGGGUACCACCGGCAUGAGAUGGUUUCCAAGAUAGGCAAGAUAAUUAAAUACGAGUAUUUGAUUUAUUGGUUCUCAUUCGAUAGAUGAUUGUAACAAGUAGCAAGUAUGACAUUUUAUUGAUUAUUUUUACUGGUAAAAUAUAGUUUCAAAGUCAAAUAUGUGACAAAGUUGGCUUUCUAUUACUCAACGGCAAGAGAAGUGCUGUCAACGCUUGUCCUUUUUCUCUUCCUAUCUGCAUUGAAAUUAACUAUGACAUGAUCAAUGUGAGAACUUUUAACACUAAAAGACUAAUGCUUGUAUAAAUGCAGGCAUUUCUCAAGAUCCCUUUAUGCAAAUCUCAUGGUUUGUCCUUCAGAACUAGUAACCAUCAAGGUUGGAGGGAUCAGUUGAUUCUGUGCAGCUUUUAAUGUCAUUUACGAUACGAAAUUGAAAAGAUUAUCAGAAAAUAUGCAUGGAAUUUUUUUAAUUAUACUUGCCUUGUGAAAUUCUUAGUUUGUUUAUACUGGAGCAUGCCUGCUUUAAAUUUAAGAAAUUGGAAGUUCCUCAGUGCUCUUUCCAGGGUUAUUCUCAUUAAAGUCUGUGUAGUGUGUCAUUGAUGAGAUGCAAUUGAUUCUGCCUCCCUCCAUUGUUGACAACAGUAACAAAAU